UAACAUGUCAUAGAUUAAAGGUCCCAAACAACAUCACAUGGUCUUGCGUCUAAUGUGGCUUGUACUUAAGGAAAUCUACCAUUGAUGAUUUUUUCUCAGAAAUUAGACUAUAUAACUAAGUUAUCUGCAAUUAUUUUCACUCAGAAAGGCGACACAAUUCAUUAGUUAAGCAUUCUUUGGUUGAAAUCUUUCUACUAUCAGAAUUUUCUGGAAUGCUAAGUACCAAGAAACUGAUCAAAAUGGCAACCAAGUGUCAAAAGGCCGCUGUAGAAGGAAGAAAAAGAAUCUUGUUCCAAAGGGCAAACAGUAUUAGCGAUUCAUCUGCAGCUACCAAAGGUCACUUUGUUGUUUACACAACGGAUUGCAGGCGGUUUGUGAUUCCUCUUCCAUUUCUUAACAAUGACAUUUUUAGAGAGCUCUUAAAAAUGUCAGAGGAGGAGUUUGGAUUGCCCAGUGAUGGCCCCAUUACACUGCCCUGUGAUUCCUUCUUGUUGGAGUACAUGGUGUUACUUAUACGAGGCAGCGUUGUGAAGAAUCAAGAGAAAGAUAAGCUCAUGUCAGUAGUUACAGCUUGCUGCUCAUUGUCAUCCUCUUUGCAGCAAGGACUAAGACAUCAAAAUAUGGUUGUUUGUAACUGAGAUCGAAAUCAACUUUUUUUCUCUUCUACAUGAUUAAAAAUUAUGUGAGCUUAGGUUACAAAUCAAAGUCUUCAAGGGACUGUUAAAUUAAAGGGAUCAUGAAAAUAAAUAUCUGGCUAACAAUUUGACACAAACUUACAACAAAA